ACAUACAUCUUCACAGAUGGAGAGGAUGAGGAGCUCAAAAAGAAAAUUGGAAGUCAUGCAGUCAACACCAACUGCUCCGCAGCUCACAGCCGGCAAGCUCUGUCCUGCAAGAUGGCGGUGGAGUACGACAAGUUCAUCGAAUCUGGGAAAAAGUGGUUCUGUCACGUCGAUGAUGACAACUAUGUCAACAUUCGAACUCUGGUGAAGCUCUUGUCUCAGUACCCCCACACUCAGGACCUGUACAUCGGUAAGCCCAGCCUGGACCGGCCCAUCGAGGCUACAGAGAGGCUGGCGGACAAUAAGAUGAAACCAGUAAACUUCUGGUUUGCCACAGGAGGAGCGGGUUUUUGCGUGAGCCGGGGUCUGGCAYUAAAGAUGAGCCCAUGGGCCAGCGGCGGUCACUUCAUGAACACGGCGGAGAAGAUUCGACUGCCUGACGACUGCACCAUCGGUUACAUCAUCGAGUCGGUUCUGAGGGUCCCGCUCACCCGCAGCAACCUGUUCCACUCCCACCUGGAAAACCUGCAACAGGUGUCCAGACCUGAGGUCCACAAGCAGAUCACCCUCAGUUAUGGGAUGUUUGAAAACAAAAGCAAUAUCAUCAACUUGAAAGGGGCUUUUUCUGUGGAAGAGGAUCCAUCAAGGUUCAGGUCUGUUCACUGUCUCCUGUAUCCAGACACCCCUUGGUGCCCCCCACAGGUUGCCUUCUAAGGGCGACCGCUCCUUUUCUCAUCCUCGUCCCCCGCCGUGCCUCGGUAUCUGAAAGGCUCGUGGGGACCAGUGUUUGGUUAUUGGACCGUGUCGCUGCCGUGUUCUUGCUGCAGCAGCAGGUCUUUAAUGGUUUUACUAGGCUGCUGUGCGGCCCACCUUUUGGACUUGUCCUUCCUCUCCGGAGCCAGAAACUUUGUCCCGUAACGCUCGGGAGGAGGAGUUCAUCAGCUCCGGGAAGGAAGUAGCUUUCACCGUUUAAGCUUUGCAGGCAAUCAUUUGAGCUUUUUUUUUAAUGUAUAUGUUGCUUGUAAAUGUAUCAACAAUUCUCAUAGAAUGUAUUGUCUAAUAUUCAAGCCCUUUGCCAGCUUUACAUUCAUUCCUUUAGUACCUUUCCUGAUUGGCUUUGAGGAUUUUAUUUUCAGAAACCUUUGCGUCUAAGUCUUCUAACACAACUGACUCCGGAUAAAUGCUCUAAUAUGAAGAUGAUGUUGUACUUUUAGGUGAACAGUGUUAUUUCUCCCUCAACCUGAGCUGAUUAUUGGCAGAUUUCCAAAAAGCAUUGUUUGGAGACCUAAUCUGAGGUAUAUCAGGAUAAAGCACUUUUAAAGAUUUUUAUGCCUAACUGGCCUAGUUUAUGUCCUUUCAUGACAUACUUCAGAUUUGUGUCCAAAUAGCCCCCUGAAAAUCCAAUUUUCUAAUUAUGCAUAAAAGUUCCUUGUUUUUGUUUCAAUCAGGGAAACACAAUGAUUUGAAGAGAUUUGGUUUUGAAAGGGGGUUCAGUCAGCUUUGAAUAUAUAUAUAUUAAAAAAAAUUGCACAGCUGUUUCAAAUAACCUGAUGUCUUCCUCUCACCUCUAAAGACACAACAGUGAAAAAAAAAAGUAUUUAAACAAUUGAUAUUUGAAGACAAAAAAUACAAAAAAAAAGGAAAGAAAUAAUUAGUUUUUGUGGCUUUGGAGCAACUUUGUAAUCCAAGCCACAGUUCGCACAGAAGACUGAUGAGUCUGUGUUUUCAUCAACGUUUCUUCCUCUUUUUUAUAUAAAUCUCGUCACUGUUGAGGCCUGAGAGGUGAGAGCAGCGUCGGCGUUUCCACACGGAGGGGGUGGUUGUUCCUUCUGUGUCCUAUUUCACCCAUAUUGGGUUAUUUAUCUUCACGGCAGUAUUGUGUACUGCACCUUUUGUUCAAACGUGUAGUGACUGUGUAGGAUGUAAUUAUCUCGUCGUGGAGCACACUUCGUUUUUUUUUUUUUUUUUAAUGUUCGGACCAAGAUUUCUUUUGUGCAGAACUGUGUUUAUUCUCCGGUAUCUGGAGGGUCUGAACAGUUCCGUCCCAAGUCUGACUCCUCAGGGAUUAUAUGAGCGGAUCCUGGUUUUAACUACCACAAGGCCCAUGCUGGGACCUUAAACUCUGAAUAAAAGUGCAUAACCACUAUGAAA